GCCGGAGAUGGCGAAGCGCAGAAUGAAUUAUGUGAGCACCAAACAGUCUGCCCGGCUGUUCCAGCACUUUAUUUUGGAAAUUUUCGUCCCCAUUUAGCACUUUUAUCGUCUGAUUUUUCAUUUCGGCCUGUUCAGGGGAGGAUGAGUGCUGAGGCAGCUGAUCGCGUGGCUGUUGUGGCUACUGGUCGGCCCAGCACGCCUCUUCAGACGUCAUGGUUCGAGUUCCUGCUGGAUGGAAGCCUGCUGGAGACACACCUUCGCAAGUCAGACCCAGACCCGUUACCGCUGCAGCUGAUUAUCCAGUUCCUGGAGCAGGCGUCAAAGCCCUCAGUGAAUGAGCAGAAUCAAGUGCAGCCUCCAGCAGAUAAUCGCAGGAACCGCACUCUGAAGCUCCUGGCGCUGAAAGUAGCUGCACACAUGAAGUGGGAUCUGGACGUAUUAGAGAAAGGUUUGACCAUCCCAGUGUUAAAUAUGUUGCUGAACGAGCUGCUGUGUGUGAGCAAAGUUCCACCUGGAGUGAAACAUGUGGAUCUGGAUCUCUCUACUCUGCCUCCAACCACCGCCAUGGCUGUUAUCAUCUACAACCGCUGGGCCAUCAGAACCAUUGUGCUGAGCAGUUUUCCAGAGAAACAGACCAAACCAGGACCUCACCAGAUGAACAUGUUGAGUGUCGUGCAACAGGAGAAAGAAAUGACUGAAAACAUUCUUGCUGUGCUGAAGGAGCAGGCGGCCGACUCGAUCAGCGUCCUUGAAGGAGCUCUGUGUCUGAAGAAAGACUUCUACGUCCACACGCUGAGGACUCUGGACCUGCUGGCUGCUGACGCCGCCGCGAACGGAGAGACAGAGUCCUCGACCGCGGGGCUUUGCAUCAGUGCUGACGAGCUGCACUGUCAGGUUCAUUAUGACUUGGGAGGCAUUUUCUUCCAGCGAGGCUGCACAGACCAGUCGGCCUUUCAGAAAGCGAAGGGACACUUCAGACAGACGAAGGAGCUGCUGAAGAAGCUGGACUUGACUGUUCACGUUCAUCUGGAUGAGAAGCGUUUGGCUGGAUACUGGAACGCCUGCAAAGCUCUGACCGGAGACUGUGACCCGUCUGACUCUCAAACGUCACCGUACGAUCAGAUCAACAGUCUGAUCAGAGUCAACAACUACCAGGCCGUCAUCAACGCCUUCAUCAGAGACAAUGUGACGCGCAAUUUACCAAACAACUUCAGGAGAUCUGUCCUCAGGGAAUUCCUGUACAAGGUCCAACAAGGGGAGACUGGACUGGACGAGUUUUGCCAGAAGCUGUGCAUCUGUAACGCCGUCCGAGACGCCCUAGAAGGAGAAAUCCACAGCGUGCGUUUCCAGCAGCUGCUCCACCGACCCAGUAAACGAGUGGUGGACUUCAUUUUAGAGGUGGCGACGCGUUCGCUGGAAAAGGACCGUUCGACGGAGACUUCCAGAAGAAACAUGGCCAAUUUCAUUAAGACUCUGUGUGAAAGCUUUGAUGACCAGACUCUGGUGUUUGUGGUGGUGUCUCAUAAGCUCUUCAUGGAGCUGCUGAGGGAGGAGGAGAAGAAGGUGCUGGUGGAGCAGAUGAGGAAGAAGUCGGGCACCAUCAACCUCAUUGCCAAACCACUGCCGUCCUUCUACGACAUUCCAGCUUCUCCGAGUGUGAACAUCGGGCAGCUGGAGCAGCAGCUGAUUCUGUCACUGGAGCCGCGCAGGAUCCGGCAGAUUCUGAUUGAGCUCCAUGGCAUCGCUGAACGACCCUACUGGAGAGUUAACAGCAAGUGGGAGGUUCCUCCAGACUACAUCAAUGUCAUCCUCGCUAUUAAAGACAACCUGACCAAGGACCUUCUCUACAUCCUGUUGUCCAAAGGACUCCACUGCAUUUCAAUAAAGGACUUUGCCCACGCGCGGCAGCUUUUCUCAGCCUGCCUGGAGUUGGUGACCGAGUUCUCGCCGAAGCUGCGGCAGGUGAUGCUGAACGAGAUGCUGCUGCUGGAGGUUCGAGCGCACGAGACGAUGGCAGCCGAGGGCAGCAAGGAGCGACCACCCCCUGACCUGGUCAGCAGGGUCAGAGGUUACCUGGAGAUGAGGAUUCACGAUCUGCCGUUACGUCAGGUGGUUGGAGAAGAGUGUGUGGCCUUCAUGUUGAACUGGAGGGAGAACGACUACCUGACUCUGCAGGUGCCACCGUCUCUGGUCAUGAACAACCCGUACAUUAAGCUGGGUCAGCUGCUGGCGUCCACGUGUAAAGAGCUUCCCGGUCCUAAAGAGUGUCGACGCACCGCCAAGGAGCUGUGGGAGGUGGUGGUGCAGAUCUGCAGCGUAUCCAUCCAACACAAGAGGAACAACGACGGCAGAGUGGGACUCAUCAAACACAGGGAGUCCUCCAUGGGCAUCUUACCCAGGAGCAAAUUCAUCACAUUCGUCAAGAAACUUCGAGAGCCGUUGGUGCUGACGACCCUGAUCUCACUGUUUGUGAGGCUCCACAGUUUAGUGCGGGAUGAUAUUGUGAAUGAAGUGACAGCAGAACAUCUCUCCAUCUGGCCUUCUUCUCUUCCAAACAUUCAGGCGGUGGAUGUAGAAGCGGUAGCUGUGACGGUCAAAGAGCUGGUGUCCUACGCUCUCAUACUGAACCACAACAACCAGUCGUGGCUCAUCACACAGGCUGACAUCUACUUUGUGACCAAUCAGUACUCCGCUGCACUGAACCUCUACCUCCAGGCUGGAGCCGUUUGCUCCGACUUCUUCACCAAAGCUGUGGCCCCUGACGUUUACACUGACCAGGUUCUGAAGAGGAUGAUCAAGUGCUGCUCCAUGAUGAACUGUCACACACAGGUGGCCGUCCUCUGCCAGUUCCUCAGAGAAGUCGACUACAUGACGGCGUUUAAAGCUCUUCAAGAACAGACCAGUCACGACGCCAUGGACUCUCUCUACGACUACAUCUGGGACGUCACCAUCCUGGAAUAUCUCACAUAUAUUCACCAAAAACGGGGCGAGGCGGAGAAGAGACAAAUAGCGAUUAAAGCGAUUGGACAGACCGAGCUGAACACCAGCAAUCCAGAGGAAGUGCUGCAGCUCGCCGCUCAAAAGAGGAAGAAGAGAUUCCUGCAGGCCAUGGCUAAACUCUAUUUCUAAGAAACACACAAGUCAGGCUUUAGGGAGGCGGAGUUUAAAUGUGUACUUUUUUUUUCUUAUUUUGUGGUAGAAAAUAAACUUCUGAAAAAAUA